UGGGAGGAGGAGCAGUUCACAUACCACAUAAAAACAAAGCCAAGGAAGAGAAAGAGCGGAUGUGCCUGGACUCUGCUGGGAACCUGAGCCAGGUCACUAUGAGCUGGAACCAAGUUGACAGCACCUAACAGCAAUUCCCUAAGGAAACCCCAUAACUAGCUCUGCAAGGAGAUUGGAAGCACUAAGCAACAGGAAAACACUCACCAGACUUGACUGGCAAUAGCUAAUGCCUAAAGUCCACAAGCCUUGUCCACAGCAGAAUCAAAAUCCACUUUCUUCCCAAUACCAUCCUGAAAAAGAAAUGAGUUCCCGUCAACGGCCACCGCCAUCAUUCCGCCCAGCACAAAAACAAAUCAUGUCUCCCCCAAACCAGCAGGCAGGAGAUGUCACCAUGCACUUCACUUCACUGAUGCUGAACGAACAGACCACCAGCAUGCCACCAGGAGAGAACAGGAGCCAGCCGCCACUAGGAGAAAAUAGGAGACAGCCGCCACCAGGAGAGAACAGGAGCCAGCCGCCACCAGGAGAGAACAGGAGCCAGCCACCACUAGCAGAGAAUAGGAGACAGCCGCCACCAGGAGAGAACAGGAGCCAGCUGCCACCAGGAGAGAACAGGAGCCAGCCACCACCAGGAGAGAAUAUGAGACAGCCACCACCAGGAGAGAAUAUGAGACAGCCACCACCAGGAGAGAACAGGAGCCAGCCGUGGGCAAAGUGGACCAAGAGCAUCCUGCACAGCCAGUACGAGGAGAAGGUGCGCCCCUGCAUCGACCUCAUCGACUCCCUGCGGGCCCUGGGCGUGGAACAGGACGUGGCACUGCCCGCCAUCGCUGUCAUUGGGGACCAGAGCUCCGGGAAGAGCUCGGUACUGGAGGCUCUGUCGGGCGUCGCCCUGCCCAGGGGCAGCGGUAUUACCACCAGGUGUCCUCUGGUGCUGAAAUUGAAAAGGCAGCCGUGUGAGUAUGAGUGGAGGGGAAAACUCAGUUAUCGAGACAAGGAACUCCACCUGCACAGCCCGGAGGAGGUGGAACAGGUUAUACACAAAGCCCAGAAUGCCAUCGCUGGUCAUGGUGUGAGCAUUAGUCACGAGCUCAUUCAUCUGGAGAUCACCUCCCCGGAGGUUCCAGACCUGACCCUCAUUGAUCUUCCUGGCAUCGCCAGGGUGGCCAUGGGAAAUCAGCCCCAGGACAUCGGACUACAGAUCAAGUCGCUCAUCACAAAAUACAUCGAAAGACAGCAGACAAUCAACUUGGUGGUGGUGCCCUGUAACGUGGACAUCGCGACCACGGAGGCACUCAACAUGGCUAAGGAAGUGGACCCUGAUGGAGACAGGACCAUAGGGAUCCUGACCAAACCAGAUCUAGUGGACAAGGGAGCGGAAACAGGUAUCCUGAACGUGGUGCGGAACCUCACGUACCACCUCAAGAAGGGCUACAUGAUUGUGAGGUGCCGGGGCCAGCAGGAGAUCACCGACAAGCUGAGCUUGGCAGAGGCCACUAAGAGGGAAAUAAACUUCUUCCAAACACAUCCGAAUUUCAGAGUCCUCCUGGAGGAAGGAAGGGCCACGGUGCCCUGUCUGGCCGAGAGACUGACCACGGAGCUCAUGGUGCACAUCAAAAAAUCACUCCCAUUAUUAGGACAGCAAAUCCAGGAGAGCCACCAGAGGGCGACAGAGGAGCUGCGUCAUUAUGGCACCGAGGUCCCAGACAAGGAAACAGAUAAAAUGUUCUUUCUGAUUGAGAAAGUCAAGGUGUUCAAUCGAGAUGUCGAAAAACUAGUAGAAGGAGAAGAAGCUGUCAAGGAGAAUGAGACACGAUUAUAUAACAAAAUCAGAAUGGAGUUUAAAACCUGGAAUCAUGUACUGGCAGCCAAUACCCAAAAAGUGAAAAAUAUAGUUCAUGAAGAAGUCUCAAAAUAUGAGAAUCAGUACCGGGGCAAAGAGCUUCCUGGAUUUAUCAGCUACCAGACGUUUGUGGCCAUUGUGCGACAGUAUACCCAACAGCUGGUAGGCCCAGCCCUGAACAUGCUCCAGAAAGUUACUGAAAUUGUCCAGCAGGCUUUCAUUGCUCAGGCCAAAACCAAUUUCAGAGAAUUUCCCAACCUGAAUCAAACAGCCCAGGAGAUGAUCGAAAACAUAAAAAUGAGACAAGUAGAGGCAGCAGAAAAUCUGGUCCAGCUUCAGUUCAGAAUGGAGCAGCUGGUUUUUUGUCAAGAUGAGCUUUACUGUGCGAUUCUGAAGGAAGUCCGAAAACAGACGUCUAACCCACUGGAAAAUAAUCCACAGCUUUUUCAGAGGAAUCAGUUGAAUGUUUUUGGUGCCAGCGUAACGGAUCCUUCAACUUCCUCUAUUACUGAAAUCGGUGUACACCUGAAUGCGUAUUUCACGGAAACCAGCAGGCGUCUUGCCAACCAGAUCCCGCUCAUAAUUCAGUUCUUCCUGCUCCAAGAGAAUAGCGACUGCCUGCAGAAGUCCAUGAUGCACGUAUUACAGGAAAAAGAGGGCUACUCCUGGCUGCUGCAGGAGCAAACGGAGACGGCCGCCAAGAGGAGGCUCCUUAAGGAGCGGAUCUACCGGCUGACGCAGGCGCGGUGCACGCUCCGUCAGUUCUCCACUUAGAGGAGACAGCCCGCUGGAGGGCGAUGGUGCUCUUGGGUGCUAUCCUUCUGUGCGCGUCCCUUGCAAGCAGAGCUGGUGCCAGAAGCUGCUUUACGCUGAGGGCCAGACUCUUCUGGUGCCGGCUGCAUCCAUCUUCUCUGUGCUCUACACACAUCAGAACGCUUCUCUGAGUUCACCCUGGCAGGAGACCCAUGUACUCAGCUGUCACCUCCUCCAGGAAGUCUUCCCUGACCACCAUGAAGAGGUGGGUGGUCCUGACCUUGGGCCCCCAUAGCACUCAAUUAUGGCAUUCUCGAGUACAACAGUAAUUCUUUGUCUUUUUCCCCCAUCGGAUAAUGAGACCCUGCAGAGGGCAAGGAUAAUAUAUUCCUCUUUUGUAUUUCCAGACUCUAAGAGGCACCUGGCACAUUAAAAAAAAAAAAAAAAGGAUUCCCUUGGAGUCGACGCCGACUCAUGGCAAUCUCAUGUGUGUCAGAGUAAAACUGUGCUCCACAGAGUUUUCAUGGCUGUGACCUUUUGGAAGCAGAUUGCCAGGCCUUUUUUCUGAGGUGCCUCUGGCUGAAUCCAAACCACCAACCUUUCACCUAGCACGUGUAACUUCUUAAUCAAUGCUAUACCUAGAAAGAGUGAGUGUUGCUGAGUGAUGGAGGUGACCCAAGGCUGUCGCUUCGACCCUGACUUUGGUUGUUCAAAAAAGGUCAGUGGUUUGAAUCUACCAGCCACUCCUUAGAAAUAUCCUUGGGGCAGUUCUACUCUGUCCUUUGGGGUUGCUGUGAGUCCGAAUCACCUCUAUGGCAAUGAGUUUGAGUUGGUUUAUCAGGAGUGGGAGGGAGGGAGAAAGAGGAAGGAGUUUGUGUCAAUGGUGGUGGAAUGGUUUGGAAAAAGAUAGCAAGAAUGGUUGCACAACUUGAAGAAUGUAAUCAGUGUCACUGAACUGUCCGUGUAGAAACUGCUGGAUUGGAGUGUGUUUUCUUAUGUAUAUUUUCGCCACAGUAAACAAUAAUAAUAAAGAGAGAGAGAGCUUCUCACCAGUGAUCAUCUCUAGACUGGAGGGUUGUAGGUGAUUUUAUUUUCUUCAUGCUUUUCUGUAUUUUCCAAGCAAUGAGUAUGAAUUACUUAAUAAAAAGGCAAUACAAUACAUAUUCUUAAAGCGAUUAAUAUCUGUAUUGAGGUCACUGUUGGUUCAGUGGUAGAAUUCUUGCCUCCCAUGUGGGAGACUUGAGUUCCAUUCCAAAUCAAUGCACCCGUCUGUACAUGGAGGCUUGUCUGUGGCUAUGAA